CAGCGGAGCAGACGCCUCACUUCUCUGUAGGCUGUAGAUGAGGAAACAUGCCCACUUCCUCGCUGUGUGUGCACAUGUAUAUUAUCCUGUAGGCUUGUAUAUGCUAGAUGAGUCCCUUCCAUGAUCCUGUGGAUUAAUUGUGUCUGUCUCAAGUGGGAGCUGUGAAGAUUUGAACUUGACUUUUCAUUGACGUACGGAACUGGUGGCUUCAAAUUGUCAGCUAACAUUUCAUGUGACAGUUUGAUUGUGAUUUUUUUCAUUUGAGGAUGUUGUAAAGAUUUUGUGUCUCUGUGUAAUUGAGACAGGAGAACUGCUUCAGGUAUUUGUUCCAUUUUUAUUGACUCAUUCACUGCUUGUACAUCAGCAUCCUUCGAUCUUAUGAGGAACAAUUUCAUCAAUUAUUUCUGAACUUGAAUUUGCGCAUCUGUGAACUGUCUGAUUUGAUUAUUUAACCAAGAGACAAGACGAAUAUCAACAUUAUUCUGUUUGUACCAUCAUUCCACAAUCGGGAACCAUGAUUGGGAUAAUCUGAACAUUCUGUGGCCAGGUCACGAAGAAGAAAAAGCACCAACAUCCUGGUCCUCUGGAAGAUUGAACUGACUAACCUUUUGGGCGACACUGGAUAAGUUCAUGAUAUGAGAAUCAAGUAGCUCAGCUGUUACUGAGAGAUCAGUGUCUCUACGGGAUACUUUUCUGUACACCUUUUCUUCCCUCAUGACAUUUAGAUAGAAACUUACCUGCGAUUUCUCGUCAUUGUUACACCACAGCUAGAUACCUGUGUGUGUGGGAUACAUACACUUCUUGAAAAACUUGUUUACUAUCUUCAGACUUUCAGAAAAAUCAAGGUUUUCAAUGUUUUGAUUUAAAGUGAAUGAUAUGAAAUUUUGUCAAAAAUAUUUUAGAGAUUUGUUUUUGAUGUUGCCUGAGAUUAAAUGAAAACAUUAAGAUCUGCAUCAAUAUAUAUAUAAUUGGUGAGAAGGAACUGGAAAGUACCAUCUGAAGAAGGUUAGCAUUUGGAGGCCAAAAUAUGCAUUGUCUGCUAAAUAUUAAAAUAUCCUCAAAGGAUUCUCUGUUAGAACAAUGGUAUUGAAAAUAUCCCUUCCAUCUGGCGCUAAGUGUUAAGGAGCCGAGUCAGCUGUUUCCAGAUCGCCACCAUGUCUCGGCAGGUGUACAUGACCUACAUGUAUUCAUCGCAGACCAACAUGUACGGGUCGCAAACCAUGAACUACAACUACCAGUACCAAAGCAAUGAAUACAAGGGUAAUAUGUGCCCCAGCAACAAGUUCCCCAACCCAGGGUACCAGACAAUUUCAUGUCAGAGCAACUUGUACUCCCACGAAGGAUUCGCAGGCCAUGCUUUGGAUGAACUUGCAUUUCCUAAAGAUGACACCAAUCUGAAAGAUACUACUUUCCCGAAAGAGAUUUACCCAAAUAAUGGUUAUCAAAGGUUGCCAGCCAGUGGGUUGCAAAAGCCAAAUAAUAACCGUCCUGGCCAGCCUAGUUAUGGCGUGCCAGCGAAGUCGUCUCGUCCACUGGAUCCAGCCGAUCUCCGAGAUAUUGUCAGUAAAAAGACUGAUGACAACCAGUGGUGGGAGUUGUUUGACCCGAACACGUCCAGGUUCUACUACUACAAUGCCACGAGUCAGAAGACGGUCUGGCACCGACCACAGAACUGUGACAUCAUUCCGCUAGCUAAACUACAGACUCUGAAACAGAACACAGAGGUUCGGGGCGGUGAGGAGGCACGACUCACAUCUGUCAAAUGUGAAAUGGGCACCCAGACACCAGACAGACAAUCGAGACGGGAACAUGUACGAGCAGGGUCGUUGAAGAAUUCAAGUCAAAGCAGUCCCAGGAGCUCCCGAAAGCAACGCUUUCAUCGACAGGACUCCACAUCUUCGCAGAGCAGUUCCAGUCGCCAAGACAACUCGGACCAACAAGUUAAUGGCGACCGUGCACGUCGCCGAGGAAGUCAGUCAUCAUCGGUGAGCCAGAGCAGUUACAGUGCUCCAGUGUCUGUUGUUCAGCCAAGUGUGGUGCGACGCGAUUCCUUCGAAAUGCCACCAAGGACAAUCAUUGACUCACCUCGCCCUCAGAGGUCAAGGUCACUACACAAAACACCGAGUGACAGUAACGUGCCAAGCCGUGGUGGGAGCUGUCGUCGGCAUGAUAUGGGUGUAGGGGUGCAGGAUGAUAACAUUAAUCUUCAGCAACAUGCUCAUCACCCACGGCAGAGAAGUUUUCCAGAACAGUCCAUGGAAGGCUACCCAACAUCGGUGAGUUACGUGCGAGCAGAUAACUAUGCUCAGGAUGUGCUGAGCGGACAUGAACGUCUCUAUAGUCCCGAUCUCCGUGGAAAAGACGAAUAUUUGGCGUUCAGUCAGGAUAUUGUGAACCAGCAAGGAAACAUCAGCCCCAUUCCACAAAAACCUAAACUACGUUUCCCUCGAACCAACCCUGCCUAUAUUGGCAUAUCGAAAAGAGAUGGUAACACAGCUUAUAAGAAAAUAAAUGUCGAGGGUCAAGGGGGGUAUGAUUUACCAUACCCACAAGAUCCUAGCAUGUAUUCUAGUAUGGGAAUUCAGACCUCCCAGUCGUACACAGACUACCCAGAAAAUUACAUGUAUCAUCGACACGAACGAUCGGACAGCGAUACGUCCCAUUCUUCUAACCGAGGUCAUUAUCUCUGGCACGACAGGACUGACAGUCAGACAUCUCAUUCGUCCCGAAAUCGGGAACUGUCUGAUAGCCAGUCUUCGCAGGGUUCCCUACGCAACAUGUCAGAUACCCAAUCAUCAGCUGGGUCGUUGCGGAAUUUACAAGAUAGUGCUGUUUCUGUGCAAGACAGUGUUUCGUCGAAAGGAUCGGGUCGGAGCACGGAUCCAGAUAUUAUGCAUGAUCGGUCAAAUAGUCAAUUGUCUCAGAGGUCAAUCACAGUGACCAACUCAGAGCCAGAUCAAGAACCGGAUUACGCCAACGUACCAAGUAUUCACCCCACAAUCCUUAAGGACUACCCGCCACCGAGCAUCUACGAUCAAAGUGUCUACAAAUACAAUGCACAGAACAGACCUCAGAUACAGGACUAUGAAGGUAUUCAGGACCAAGGGUUCGAGGAGUCGGACAGCAGUAGUGUAUUCUCGUGCAAUUCUCCACGGGGGCUGAUCCAGCCAUCUCCUACACCACUCCAACAGGAGACCCAUCAUGCAUCACUACGCAGGAAGAAGGGUCCUCCGGUGGAACGCGGGUCGGAACCAGUUCCGGUAAACCCUGCCCUUGAGAAGAGCCAGUCCCUUCAGACAGACAUCUCACAGCGCCCUCUGUCAAUGGUUGUGGCCUCACAGUCCGAGGCAAAUAUGUCGCUUAGUCCCAGCACAGGAUCUCUGAACAGACAGAACCGCCCAGGCACGGUGCCACCGUCAGGCUCUGGCAGUAGUCUGUCUCAUUCCCAGAAACUUCCAUCGGAGAGUGACAUCGAGAACUACGCCCCACACCUCAACCGACACAAGAAGGGACUGUUUGGGAAGAAAGUGCCUCUCACCAACAUGCUCGUCUGGUCAAAGGACCUUAUACAGAAGCCCAUGUUGAGGACCAAUGAUAAGAACAUGAAGAAGGAAGCAUGUGAUGUCUUCAAAUAUAUCCUUAUGUACAUGGGAGAUCGCAAGACAAAACAGGCCCCGAUGAGCGUGGCCUUGGACAUCAUAACUAAAGGGUGGAGUAUCCCCCAGCUGAGAGACGAGAUCUACAUCCAGCUGUGUCGCCAGACUACAGAGAACAAAAAAGAGGAGAGUCUGCAGCGUGGCUGGGAGCUGAUGGCGGUGUGUCUCAAUUUCUUCCCUCCAACACACAAGUUCUACUCUUACCUGGAGGGCUAUAUUUCCAAACAUAUGGACCAGAUAUUUGAUAUGCCAAAUGUGCCAAUCAGUCACUUUGCUAAUCACUGCUACCAAAGACUAGAGCGAGCUCUGGCAACUGGCGCCAAGAAGGGGGUCCGAAAACCAACACUAGAUGAGGUGGAACAAGCUAAGAAAUCCAUCUUCCACCCAUCUAUGUUCGGAAGCCCCCUUGAUGAUGUACUGCUGAUGCAAAAGGAUCGUUAUUCUGAAAGGACGUUGCCAUGGAUACAGACUAUCCUUUCGGAAGAAGUUCUACGACUCAAUGGUGCUCAGACUGAGGGCAUUUUCAGAGUGCCCGGUGAUAUUGAUGAGGUGAAUGCGUUGAAGAUUCGCUGUGACCAGUGGAUUCCCCCAUCGGACUGCCCCGACCCCCAUGUGCCGGCCUCCCUGCUCAAGCUGUGGUACCGAGAGCUGUACGAACCUCUCAUACCCUCCCACUUCUACGAGGACUGCGUCGUCAAUUACUCCAACCCUGAGGCGGCCAUCUCCGUGGUGAACCAGCUUCCCCACAUCAACCGCCUUGUUCUCUGUUAUCUCAUUAGGUUUCUCCAGGUUUUUGCAGCUCCAGAGAAUGCAAGUGUCACAAAAAUGGACGUAAAUAACUUGGCAAUGGUGAUGGCACCUAACUGUCUCCGCUGUGAGAGUGAUGACCCUCGGAUCAUUUUCGAAAACACACGCAAGGAAAUGGGAUUCCUUCGGACACUAAUCCAACAUUUAGAUACCAGCUUCAUGGAAGGCAUUGUUUGAUUGAGGAGCAGAAAUUAGUGUCUUUUUUUUCCUCACAUGUUGUUUUCUUGAGUAUUAUGGAAGCUGUUGAUGAAUACAGCAGAAAUAAUCCUUCACUGUUAUGAGAGUUCAGCCUUCCACGUCUUUCCAGACUCCUUUGCUGAAGAGCUCCACAUUGACGUUUUCUUUAUCUCCAGUGCUGAAGAGACGAAUCUUCCAUGCUGUUAUGAAGUGUUAUCCCAGUUACAACCGUGUUACGUAGUCACUGUAUUUGUACAUAGGGCAGAACCAACACAAUGUUAUGAAGGAAUCGGGGCAGAACUGGAUCAGCAACUCAUGUUGCAUUCAGACAGCUUCGGCUGUCUCACUAACUCUACCAUUUGGCACAUCUCUACAUAAACUGUCUGUUAAAUAGGCAUAAAAUUCAGGUCGUCAUUUCUUAAAACAAGCAUAUAUGGCUGAAAAAAUAAAAGAUUUGGUUCUCAGGCAAUGGCUUUCGAAAUAUAGUGCGGUUGGGUGGUGUCCUUUGUGUUUUUUGGGGGGUGGAGUGUUUCAAAUUAGUAUGUAACCAAAUAAACAGUUGUGCGACCAAAUAAACACUUGGUUACAAUCAACCUGGGGAAUGGCCUCCCUACAUAAAUGUAUUCCUUGACGAGUAAAAUGCUGGAAUACAGUAUUUGACUACAGUUGCACUUGGAAUAUUUAAGGAUAUUUUUUAGGGUUUUUUUUAAAAUGGAAAUAAAAACAAAACAUUCGGCAAACUUUAUGGUGGUGCCUGAGAACCAAGACCAUUAUUUUUUUAGCAUAUCAUAAAAAUUCAUAUGAAUACCCAAAAAAAAUUGGAUAAAAAAAUUAUGUUUAUAUUUUAUAUUUUAAAACUAUUAAGUGUAUAUGUGUGUGGAAAUUAACUGGAAACUAACUGGUAUUCAUUUUUGAAACAUGGGAAGAUGAACCAAAUCUGCCCGGGGAUGAUCCUUCGACCAUAAUACCAGCUGCAUAACCCAGUUGUAUCACUCGUAAUGACGUUGAAUUAUUGAUGUGAUCAUGUUACUGUUAUCAUCAUGAGCUUCCCUUGAAGUGAGAUGCACCACCUUAUACUCAAACACAUAAGAAACGCAACAUUUUCUUUUCGUGAUAAUUUUUCAAUUUGCAAUAGUGGUCAAAUUAUAUUCUUCUCAGAAGAAGUUUUAGACCAUUGUUUCACUCAUAUUUCUAUGGUUAAUCUGUCAUGGAUUGACUGAUUAUAUAAGGUAAUAGGAAAGAAUCGGCUGGUCCUUAACUGCCGUGACACAUGAACUAUAAUAUUUGUGUGGUCCCUAACUUCUUUUGAGUAGUAUAUAUCAGGUUAAAAGUGAACUUGAAAGAGGAUUUUGCUGCGUAUGCUUUGUAGUUGUCAGUAACACAGAGCCACAAGCCAGGUCCAGUCAAUGCAUUAUGGAACUGUUGGGUACGCUAGUGGUUAAACUGUUGACUCAGCAAGACCCACCUACAUACUGUAGGACACUGUGUGAAGCAUGUUUAUAGUGGCCCCUUGCUGGGAAAUGACUGGCAUAUUGUGUAAAACCCUACUCCUUCCCCUACUCACUCCUGUAUUUGGGACUGAUUUUUUUGGGGGGGGACAUUUUUUUGCACUUGAGUGUAGUGGUGUUCCAUUAGGAUGUCUGAAGUGAGUGUUGCGUUUCUAAAUGUAUUCUUUUAGAGCCAAGUUUUCCUGCCACAAGCAAAACAGCAUACUGAUAACAGCUACAACACUGGUAAUCUUCAAGAAGUAAAUGUUUUUGCUAUCAUUUUAUAUCAAAGUUUAGUGGCUUUGAAUUUUUUUUAUUGAGACUUUCUUGCAUUAUCGUCAAAGAAUGAAAUUUGUCGUUUUGUAAAGAAAAUUUGAAAUUACUUAAACAUAAACUUAGACUGUCAUGAAUCAUGAUUUUUGUGAAAUAAAAUUUAAUUAUUUUGAUUUCUUUGAUAUUUUUUUUAAAUACAUAUAAUAUUGUAGAAAUGGUCAGCAAAAGGACUUUGUUAUCAGCCUAUGUUUCGACAGUGACAGUUUGUCUUUAGACAUGGUGUUAUGUGAAAUUAACAUUUUGUUUCGGCCCACCCCAAAAUGUUUUUGGUUUCUCCAGUUCUUGUUUGAGCAAACCCAGAGUGGAUACAGAGAUUUAUCUGUCCUAGAAUGAUAUAAGUAUGCAAAUUCAGAAAUUGAGAUGUACAGGAACAUGUUGUAAUUCCAUGGAAGUGUGUUCAGAGUUACCUGCCAAAACAUAGCAAAUUAAAAUACAAAGUGCUCUUUUUAACCUGGGAGGUUACCAUGGAUACCAGAUUUAUAGCAUAGUCCUCCUUAGAUGUUAAUUAAUCCCCUGAUGAGUGGUCUCCCCUGACACACCAGGGCAUAUUCCAGUUGGCAAGAUAAAUAUUGCUGAUCACGUGACACAGGACAAACCAUCCUUACAACAGAUGCUGGAAGACCCAGCCUGAGACAUCGGAACCCGUAUACGUACCGCUUCUCUCCCUUUCUCCGUCAAGAACCGGCUGGAAAUCGGGGGAUGUAGACUCCGUAUCCUUAUCAAGAUGCCACAUGAUAUACACAACAAUGAGUUCGACAGUAGCCAUUACCGUGUCCUGUGUCACGUGAUCACCAAAUGGAGCGUAAAAUCCAGUAUUGCAAGUAUUAUUAUCCCCGUUAAAUCAUUGUCUUCUGACACAAAUUUUGUUCAAUUUUGAAAUGGGCCAAUUAUUUUGAACAAGGUACUGGCACGAUGUACCCAUCAUAUUGUAGUUGAGUGUCUAGUGUGUACUAUACAUCCUAAUGUGUUAUUUAUUUAUAAAACUGUCAAUAUUCAAGAAAUCUAUUAUGGAUCAAAGAGCACCGUCUGAACAAAGGAUGUUUUUACAGUUACAAUCAGGUCAAGGCAUGGAUGUGAUAUGCACAUUUUACUUGUCAGAGUAUUUAAACAUUUUUAAAUAUUUUAUCAUUUACUGAAAUUCUAUGUUAUGAAAUAAUCAAAGUUACAUUUAACUUUUAUAAAAUAUAUCUUAACAUUUUUGAUCACUUUUAGAUACAUUGUGUAUGUAAAUUAGUAGAGAUUCAUUUGGUGUUGCAGAGCGCAGUAUUUAAUUCUGCUCAAGUCUACUCAUCCAUAACAACGGUAACCAAAACAAACAACGUCAUUUUAUAUCUAAAGGCCAGAAUUGUUUUGAGAAGUCCUGGAUCAUGUCUUUGUGAUAUGUGGAAAAUUAAAACGGAAAUGUUUUUUUCUUCAGUUCAAAUAAACAAAUUAUGAUUGAUGUGUAUUUAUGUGAUAUGACGAUUGUGUGUGUAAGUAAUUGCCUUUAAUACCAUUUACACAAAUUCCAAUGUUUUCAUAUCUAGCAAUGGAUAUGGAUCUCCAGACAGCUGUUUCUGUUGUUUUGGAUGAGUAGUCACCUGUCCAGUUUCAUGUUAAUUAUCAUAAAUUAUGUAUAAAAAAAAUAAUUGUUUCCUUUAAUAUUUUGUAGAUAUUAAUGAGUGUAAAUUUAGAUUGCGUUCUCCACUUAUCUGUACAAAAAUUUAUCUGUGAAAAUAUUACAUUUCAUUCUCGCUGAUGACGUAUUCAGUGACAAUAUAACCAGAAUGCACUGCACAAUAUGGACAUGUUGCCUGUACGAUAAAGCUUGAUUUCAGAAAUGAGUGACAUCUGCAUAAUGCAAUGUAUGUCAUUUUCAUUGAAAGAAACAAGACUGAAGUAUCAAGUGACCGUAAGCACCAUAUUAACUUGGUAUAUAUCCAGAUGCUGUUGAUCAAAGUUGAUGAUACAACUUUGUACAAUUUUUUGUAAUAUUAUCUUUGUAUGAUAAACCCUCUUUGAUAAUGUACAUAAUGUAUGUAUAUUUACAUACCAUGAAAUGUACAUUUGUAGUUUAGAUAAGUUGAUGUGAUCAAUCUCCAUGAUCUUGUCGUUAAUUUCAUGGAGAGAAUGUACGUACUCUGUGUUUGUGUAGUAGAUGGCGUGACUAUUGUAUUUAUUACGUAUGUAUGGUUGAUCGAAGGACUUGUAUCAGUACAAGACAGUUAAUGGACUCAGUGUUUAUGUACAGUCUGUGUCAUUUUAACCUUGUAAUUCAGGAGGGAAUAUGAUUUUUGUUUACUUGCACUAAUAAUAUCAUAAUAUGGCAAUAUAAUCCAUGAAACAAGAACUAUAACUUCAAGUGUAACGACUUGCUUGGCAUGUUUUAGUCCACUAACAUAAUGUUUGUGUUUCGUACUGUUAAAUGUUACUUAAACCUAUUUGUGAUUGUUUGCGUCAUUAGAAACCAUUUUUAUCUUUCAUCCAAGUUGACUGCAUCUAUUGAAUGUAAAGGUACUAAUCAUUUGAAUUUAUCAAAAUAAAUUGAAAUAUUAACAGAAAUGAAUAACGGUUGGUAGUUGUAGCAGAUUAAUCAAAUGGAAACAGAUUUAGAGAUUUGAAUUGAUACAAUCAUUUAGAAGCACUGGAUCAAAAUGUAGUUAUUUAUUGACUGUAGAAUACUGUAGCUUUAUAAUACACACACACACACACACACACACACAAUGAACACUGGCUUGGCUUGACACUUGUAUGAUACUACAUGGCAGACAACUUAGCUUGUCCCUAUUUUUUUAUUUUUUUCCCAGCUUUCAAGCUUUCUUAAGCUAUAUUUAUUUUUAAAAAUUGUUUCCGAGGCAAAACAACUUGAUCUAUGUCAUAAAUUAAUCUGAAGGGUUCUAAACUUUAAGAUGUCUGAAAACUGUUACACAAAUACUGAAAUAUACUGUUUUAAUUUUCUUCCCGCUCACCCGCUCCCUUCCUGGUGGAUGUUGGAGAUGAAAAACACAUUAAAAAAUAUGGAUGGCCUAAUUUGGAUUAUUGAGGUUCAGAUACUGGUUUGGGCCAAUUUUUUUUUUUUUUUCUGACAAGCCUACUCCAAUGUUGCAAACAUUAAAUAAAUGAUUUUUUUUGCUGUUAAUUUGAAAUGAUUCUUCUUAACACCAUGUUAUUUGUAUUUGUUCAAACUCUGAUUUCAGAAGCGGUUUAGAAAUUAGCCUCAGAUCAACCCUGGCCAAAAACAGAUUAUUAUUUUUGCCUCCCUGGCAAUAUUGACCAAGAAAAUGUGUAAAAUCUUGUUUUUGUUUGGCCUAACAUUUUCCAAAGAAUUACCUCCCUUUUACCCACAACCUGAGUGAGUAGACAGUUUUAUGCCGUAGUCAGCAGUAUUACCGCUACAUGACGGCAACAUGUAAGACAUGGCGUUUCCACUGGUCAACCGGUGGUCAAUAACAUGAGCAUGGAUCCACGUGGGUAUUACUGCACACAAUCAGAUCCAUCUGAAAGCCGAUCUUGUCCACCUCGUUCCAAUGCUUCAUAGUCAGAAUUCAUUGUGACCCCUCCAUCCAUCCUGCACAUUGAAAGCUGCGUGUUGGUGACAAGCUUAGGUAACAGCCAAUAGCUGAUUUUUUUAAGGAAUUGUUCAGCCUCCAAACACUGGAAAAUCAAAAUAAAUGGUUUUUGCGGACCGUGUCACAUGAAUAAUUUGGGUGUGGAUGUUUGAAAUUUAUUUCAAAAAGUGUACAACCAUCACAUUGUAGUUUUCAUUUUUUGGUCCAAAAUCAAAGAGAACAUUUUCAUGUAGCAGUUCCUGAAACUUCAUUAAUCUAUUUUUAUCCUUUGGCAUAUUUUCAUGGUCACUAACAUGUUUUGAUUAACACACAUAUCAAAGCAAACAUUUGAGGGGGGGGGGUGCAUGGGCACUAAUUAUGUCAUAUACUGUAUAGCCAGAUGUUGAUUAAGUAUGAGUAUUCUGCAUGUGAGCUUCAGAUUUUAAGAUUUUUUUACAUGAAGUGCAAAUUUCAAUAAUACCUUUUGUAAACUGGAUUUAAUUACCGUUGUAUUAAUGGUAUCUUAGCUGCAUUGCUUUUGCCAACUUUUAUGGAAUAUUAGAUGUUAAGAAAGUAUAUAUAUAGUCCAAAUGAAAAGUAUUAGAUAUUUAUUUGGCAUGUUGUCAUGAAGCUUUAAAGCAAACAAAUCAGGGAUUUAUUUCUUAGGAAGUGAGCUGAUGUUUAUUCUUCAAACAUACAGGGACAUGGGUGACCCAGUCAUCUAAGGCGCUACAAUUCGCUGUGCAGAGUUGUGUCCCUUGUGCAAGUCAAAUGCCGGUUUGCCCCUAUUAUGUUUCUAGGUUUGUCAGCACCAUACCCGUGCUCGUGGGUUUCACCAAAGUGGUAAAUGUCUGAGACCUGCAUCACUUCGGGCUUUCCUCCCACAUAAAGCCGCGUUAAUACAAACUUCAAGACAUUGAACCAAAUUUUAUGUUACUUGUAAGGCCACACACAGUAUAUCUUUAGGUAAAUCUUAGAUGGGAUUGUUGCAGUUUUUGAUGAUUAUGUUUACCAGCAUUAACCUAUCCUGCAUGUCCAUAACCUUAGCGAGAAGGCGACUAUGCUUGUCGUUAGAGGCGACUAACGGGAUCGGGUGGUCAGGCUCGCUGACUUGGUUGAUGCAUGUCAUCUUAUCCCAAUUACGUGGAUCGUUGCUCAUGACAUUAAUCACUCUAUUGUCUGGUCCAAACUCGAUUAUUUACAAACCGCGGUCAUAUAGCUGGAAUAUUGCUUAGAGCGGCAUUAAACAACAAACCAACCAACUUAACCUUAGUACCUAUCCUGGAUUCAUUGAUUGGACAUUUGGAUAAAGAAUUAAAUCAUUAAAUGUCACUUGGGAGAUAUUCAAAUUUUAUUUUACUUUGAAAGGUAUUCCAACAAACAAAAUAUACUACUAAACUUUCCUAAUCUGAUAUGUCAGUCUAUUUAAAUAUACACUUGACAUAUUAUGAAAAUCUGUUGCUUGAAUCAUGGAAAGUUCAAAAUAUCCCUAUCAAAAGUAGCCUGGUGUGAAUUAACACGAACAAAUAUUUAAGACUGACAUUGAUUGGUUAAGGAUUUCCUUUCUGGGAUGGGUUUACUUCACCACAGUGAUGUGUCACCAGCCUCUGUUGUAGUCCUUGUACCAGAGUUGUUUUUAUUUUUAUAUUGCAUAUACAUCUGUGGCCUCGUUUGUGUAACAUCAUUUGUCAAUUUCUCGCAGCUGAUCAGUUAAUCACUUCUUUUUCUCAGUCUCCCAAUCAUGCAAGCCAGUUAUGUUUUUGAAAGGAAUGAUGAAAGAAUGACUCCUUUGGUACAUGUAGUAUAAGUCGGGCCAUGUCAUGCCAUCGGCCCAGUGGUCGAAGAGUUGCGGCCCUUAGUCAUUCCAGGAUCUGCUGAUAGGGGCACCAUUGACGAUUAUGACACUUGGCUUCUCAGCAUGAUACCCUGUUUGUGAGUUUCAUCCAGUUAGAUGUCUAGGACCUUUGUCACUUUGGACUUGCCUCCCAAAUUCAGCUGCCAUGCCAAUAUGUCUGAAGUCCUUUCAGAGCAAUAUUAAAUCUCACUCACUCACUCACUUGAUGAAUUUUUUUUUAAUGUCAUGUCAUGAACUCCAAUACGUAUAAAAGUCUAAUUUACUGUGGAUUAAUAAUAAGAAAAUAUAAGGUUAAAAAUAAACAUUAAAUGUUUCCUUGGGUGUCACUUAAUAACCUGAGCAUCAGUCAUAUGUCUGCCAAUAAAAAAUAUAAAAAAUCAAAAUUUCCUGCAUCAUAUGAAACAUAGUCUGUUUACCAUAAUAUAACAUACUUGAUAACUGACAUCCUCUUGAAGAGUAAGUUUAGUGUGUGCUCUGUUGUUAGUUGGUAUUCAUGAUAGGAAAUCUUUUUUUUUUAUCCUGCAUCACUUUCGUUUCAAUAAAAAAAUAUUUAUUAAAAAGUCAGCUUCACAUUUUUUGACUAAAUUAGUAAAUUCUGUAACUGAAUAUCAUUGAUCUGUAAAAACAAAUGAUCAAUUAAUUUCCUAUUUCCAAUCUAUUAAUCACUAUUGAAACAUACUGUAUGAAGGCUGCCUUUUGUGCAAAUACAUAUGAGGAUAAGAUACGUGAAGUAAUUUGUAUUUUUAGGAUGGAUGUAGGAGGGACCUGAAAACUAUGGUGUAAUACACCUAAUAAUGGUCAUUUAAGUAGAAUAGAAAGAAAGUAGAAAGAAAUUGAAAGCAUACACAUACCAUGAAUCAUAGUUUCCAUUUAAACAAAAAGUAAAAUAGUACUUGCAUCAGUACCUAGAAUCAGGAAACUUUUUUAAGUACGAUCAUUUUAUCUUUAUGAAAUUUUAACAAUAUUUAAUCUUUUUCAUAAACAUGCAUGUCAGUUUUUAACUAUUUUUGGCCACAAGUAAACUACUUCAAUCUAAUGUUUUACACAGUUUACAAUAGAUGUGGAAUUUAGAUCAAGGCAAUAUUGGUUAGUUGUGACAAGUUUUUAUGACGUAUAAAGAACUAGAUUUCCCAGGAUCUUUCACAGUAAGGAUAAAGCAUGUAGUUUUUAUGGAAAGAUGAUGAGAAACAGUCUUUCCUUCAGAAUUCUGUUUCAUAACCUUUGGACUUUGAUAAGGAAUUGCAACAGACCACUAUGAAUUAUUGUUUGUUCUUUUAAAUUGUUUCAGUUAGCAUGCAGAGGAAAAUAUUUGUCUGUUAUAAAUGACAAAAUAAUUCUUGUUGAAGACCAAAAUAAUUAAUAUUUGCUAAUGGCAGAUUUUAGAUAUGAUUUUUUUAAAGUUGUCAUUUAUUAAUAUGAAACUUUUGAGAAAAUACAUAGAUGUUCUAGACUGGUGCCAUCAUGAUUAGAUAUGUUAAGACAAGUUCGUAACAAAAACCAGAUCAGAAAAUUAUAUUUUUUAUUUAUUUUUAUCAUAAUAAAUUCUGGGAUUUCUUUUUGAGUUUUCUGAAGAACAAGUUUGAUGAGAUUCUGAAGAACAAAUGAUUGAUUUGUGGUGGAGUAAUAAGUUUUUUAGGUGUCAUCAUUUGAGUGCUUUGUCAGCAUCCUCAGCAACUUGUGAGCUGAGUUUCCUGUACAUGUGUCUGUAUCAUACAGUGUUUGUGAUCUAUUCAAUGUAUAUUGUCAUUCUCAGUGUACCUCUGUGCAGAUUGUAAGACAUCAAAGUUGUAUGUAAUAAAAUACACAAAUCUAA